ACCGCAUUAUAGAGCGAGUAUUUGUCGAUGAAAUAAAGAAUAAUUUGUGCUGUAUUAUUUUUAUUUUUAAUUAAUUAAUAUAUCUUGCUAUCUUUUUCAUUAUGACCAGUUCUGUCAGUACAAAUCCAUCAACCCUAUUGCCUUUAGAAUUAGUCGACAAAUGUAUUGGUUCUCGGAUACAUAUUAUUAUGAAAAAUGAUAAAGAAAUUGUCGGCACUUUGUUAGGCUUUGACGAUUUCGUAAAUAUGUUACUCGAAGAUGUGACAGAAAGCGAAGCAACACCGGAAGGAAGAAGAGUCACCAAACUUGAUCAAAUAUUACUUAAUGGAAGCAAUAUCACAAUGCUUGUACCUGGUGGAGAAAUGCCUGAUACGUAAAAGAUGAUUUCUUUUAUUAUAUGUUAUAUAAUCAAAAUUUGAUUAUUAAUUCAUACGUAUCUACUAUAGAAUAAUAAAAAUUUCUAUUAAAUAAGGAUAAUAAUUGAAAUAAACAUUAAGAAGAAAUUAA